AUGCUUAAAUUUAACGAAGAUAAAAGUGUGUUAUUAGCGCUAUACAAGAACACUGUACAAAUUUAUUCUCAAAACCUCGAACAUAAAGGAUUUAUUACUUGUAAUUCUCUUGUAAUUGAUGCUUUAGAACUUAGUAAUAAAAUGGUCGUUGUUUUGUGCGAUGACAAAACAGUGAAUAUAUAUAACGAUAAAGUGUUAACACACCAUCUAUUACUAACAAAAAAACCAACAUCUGUUUGUGAAAUAGAUAAUCAAAUAUUAGUGUCUGAUAAAUUUGGUGAUGUUUAUAGAUUUAAAAUUGAUGAAAUGCCAUUGGCAACAGAAGAUAUUAAUAAAUUAAAAGAUACCAUUGCACAAAAUAUUAUUUUGGCUCAUUUUAGUGUUAUUAAUCAAAUUGAAAUAUCAAAGAAAAAAAAUGCUAUUAUUACUUGUGAUAGAGAUGAAAAGGUUCGUGUAACUCGAUACCCAAGAACUGAUAUUAUUCAAAGUUUUUGUUAUGGAUUUGUUGAACUUGUUACUUCAUGUAAAUGCGAAGAAAUUAAUAAUAUUCCAAUUGUUGUUUGUGGGAGCUGUGAUGGAACAAUGAGAAUUUAUAAAAUAGAAAAUGGGGAAGAAAUAAAAAUGAAACAAUUUGAUAAAAAUGAUGUUGUCAUUAUUUAUGACGUUGAAGCUAUGAAUGAAGAACUUCAUAUUCUCGUUGGUAUUGAAAACAAAAAUUAUUAUACAAUAAAAAUUCCUGUUAUUGGUAAUAAUUUAGGAGAAAUGCAAAUAGAAAAAGGAGAAUGUAUUAUUAAAGGAGGAAAGUUUACCAAAGAUGAUCUUAUUAUUUAUAACUCAGAUGACCAAUUGAUUUUUGUUAAUAAAAGUCAAAAAGUUAAUAUUCAUACUGAUGGGGCUAAUAGCAAUUUCAAAAAUGAAGGAACCCUUUAUGAAACAUUACGUAAAACUAUUUCCCCAAAACAACGAUUUAUCAAUAUGGAGGAUGAAGAAACUGAGCCACAAAAAAUUUUUAAGAAUGAUUGA